AUGGGUGGCGCCAAAAUCGGUCUCUACGCCACGAGAGCUUUACAGGUUCGUCGUCGUCGUCUCCUCUCUCACUCGUGAAAAUCCUCCCGUCUGAUCCACAAGAAUUUCCCCUCUGAACCCUGUUUCCCUCCCAGCUCAUCUGCGGCGCCGUCGUCCUCGGAGUCGGCAUCACGCUCGCCCGAGACAUCAACACCAUCAGCCACGAGACAGGCUGCUACAGGAACGGCGACAAGAACGACCAGAUCAAAUGCUCGGACCUCGUCGGGCGCUAUCCGUCCUCCACAGCCUACGCAGCCUUCACGGGUGCCUUUGGCCUCCUCGACGCCCUCGUCGGACUCGGAGCCGCGGCGUUGGUCGGCGCCGUGCCGUGGUUCGUGACGCUCGGUGUGGACGCCCUGGCGUUUCUCUUCUACCUCGCCGGUGGAAUUGUGAGUAUAUAUAUAUAUAUACCGGAAUUUGUCCAUCAUGGCCGAUUUGCGCGAUACUAAUGGUUAUACUUUCAGAACUCCGCCGUACUCCGAGCGCAUUAUCACUGGGAUGAUCACCAGGGGCUUAAUAUCUGGACUCGCUUCGACACCAUCACCGCUUUCAUGUUCAUCGGUUUCUUGGUUACGAUCGCCGCGAUGGCACUGGUCUUUGUCGCGAGAGGCGCCAUCCGAAAGCACAGUGCCGUCUAG